CAUCUGUGUCAUCAGUCGGUGUUUGAAGCACCAGCAGCCGGAGCUUUCAGCCAUUUUAUCAGCUGCUUCAUCACAUCUGUGUCCGCCACCUUCUUCCGGCCGCAGUCCCGGGUCGAAGUCCUGGCUGAGUGUGAAGAGACGGACUGUGAUCCGGGUCACCGGCUCGCUGCUGCACGUGAGCCGCUGAUGACGAUACGUAGCGGACAUCACAGCUACAACAAACCGUGAAGCAUCAUGGGAGGUGGCAGAUGGAUGAGCUGGCCGUUGGCCAGCCGGAGCCUGUGACACAGACACACACACACACACACACACACACACACACACACACACACACACACACACACACGAUGGAACAAGGCUUCAGCAUAAAUACGCUGAAGAAGCUGGCAGCAGAACCAGACUACACCGACGUGUCGCUGACGGCGGCCGAGCGGGUGCGGGCACUGGGGAAGAUGGGAUGCAGCGUAGAAAUUAACGAGGACAUCGCACCAAGACGCUACUUCCGUUCUGGAGUGGAGAUGGAGCGCAUGGCGGCGGUUUACCUGGAGGAGGGCAGCUUGGAGAAUGCCUACGUUCUCUACACCAAGUUUAUAACGCUGUUUGUAGAGAAGCUCCCGGGUCACAGAGACUACCAGCAGUGCAGCGUUCCAGAAAAACAGCUCAUCAUGAAGAAACUUCAGGAAGUAGCGUUUCCUCGUAAAGACGAGUUGAAGAAACGUCUUCAGGAGAAAUACAGCAGGGAACACACCGAGUACCUCAGAGCCCAGAGCCAGGCAGUGGUGGUUGAUGGGUGUGGCCAGCAGCUGCAGCGACUCUCCGUAUUGGACGAGGACAGGAGGCGGCUGCUGCUAUUGGAGGAGGAGAGGCAGCGUGUUGCCGCCCUGCGACGCAUGCAGAUCGAAUCGGAACAGUUUCGUUACUUUGAGGACCAGCUGAGGCGUCAGGAACUGGCCAGUAGGAGAGGAGAGGAGGCGGAGCAGAAGGUGGGGACCAAAGUGCCUGAGGCACCAGAUGGCUCCUGUCUGUCUCAGCAGCCGAUCAGAGAUGCCGUUCGAUCUCAGGGGGCGGAUUCCAACAGGAACAGACCACCAGCCCCUGUCAGCCAACCAGCUGCCACACUGGCUGGAGUACACACUCAGAAGGUGGAGGGUCUGAGGCGGGUGGUGAUUCCCAGAGAUCUGACAUAUCGUUUCCUGCUGCUGGCUGACUCCAACACAACCAGAGGAAUAGAAACUUGUGGAGUCCUCUGUGGACGACUGACGCACGACGAGUUCAUGCUGACUCAUGUUGUGAUCCCAAAACAGUCAGCAGGUCCAGAUUUCUGCGACAUGGAGAACGUGGAGGAGCUCUUCAGCUUCCAGGACCAACAGAACCUGCUGACUCUUGGCUGGAUCCAUACUCAUCCCACUCAGACAGCCUUCCUUUCCAGUGUCGACCUCCACACUCACUGUUCUUAUCAGCUAAUGCUGCCAGAGGCCAUUGCCAUCGUGUGCGCUCCCAGACACAAUGAUACUGGUGUGUUCAGGUUGACCAGUCCAGGGAUGUUGGAGGUCUCUGGCUGCAGACUGAAAGGUUUCCAUCCUCAUUCCAAGGAGCCUCCUCUGUUCAGUGUGUGUAAACACGUGGUUGUGAGGGACUCAAAGAUCAGCCUGCUGGACCUCAGGUGACAGACAGGCGGCGCUGUCCAGCUGUUUGUCUUUUAUUUCACAAGAGGAAACUGUGAACUGUGUGUGUGAAUCAUCUUGAAGUUUUUCAGUGUAUGAAGGGAUUUGAAAUUUUUGAAAGAAACUUUCAGUGUUCACUUUGAAGUUUUUUGUGAAAUUUGUUGUGACCUGCUUUGCUUUUGAAACCAGCUGCUGGCUGCACAGAGACACAAAUCUCUCUUUCUGCCUUCUGUUUGCGGAUCAGAGCUCCUCCUGCAGUGUAAGAUGUGGUGCGUUUUAUAGAAGACAGUUGAAGUGACAGAGUGCCUUCUUGAGAAACUGAAAACGCAUGAAUGUUUAUCUGCUGAAGCAAACAUGGCUACUCCGUAAAUCCAGUGUUCAGUUUCGUGAUGGCGCCCCCUAGUUUUACAUGCCUUCAUUACAUUACGAUCCGGUGUUGGUCUGUGCAGAUGGAGACCUUCCUUCCAUACAGCUAGUCAGAUCUUGUGACAUCAGUGCUGUAUCAUAGCGGGGUGCACCUGAGUCUGCUGACUCAAGUGCACAAGAGCAACAGACUCUGAAGCUACACUGGCUUCAUGCUAGCAUCUCUAAUGUCUCCUAACCUCAUUCAUUCACUGGGAAAAAGUUUGCUUUCAACAGUUUACAGGCUACAGAGCUAAUUAGCUGCUAAGCAGCAUAUGAACAGUUUUAAUGACAUGAACUCCAUCUCUCUUUCUGUCUCCUUCAGUGUGCAGGCCUGAAUUUACCCUUCAAAUGUCAAACCUUUUUGUCUCAUAUUGAACCCCACUUCAUAAGCCCCUGUUGUUUGUCCCUGCAGCUGGAUGGGGGUUCAGGUUGUGCACCAGCAGAUGUUUUACUGUUCAGUGUGUGUGUGUGUGUGCGUGUGUGUUUCUGAAGCUGAAGCAGUGUUUUCUGGUCAAUACACGGCGACUGAACUGCUGUUUUUAAAACCGAUGGCCAUUUUUUUGGUAAUAAAACCCAACUGCUAUUCUGA